AUGUCGCAAACGGUGAAUCUCGUCGUCGCCAACAACGUUGGUUGUGGAAUGCCAGAAGGCAAGUGUUUCCCGUGUUCACGUGUUUAUGGAAGAACAACUGCUGUAUAUUCAUGCCCUUCUAUAGGUCGUCGUAGAAUCCGUUCCCAUGUCAAAAUCGGAGGACUCAAGUCUGGUUCUUUCGCUGCAUCAUUUGUAUGUGAAGCAAGGAAGAACCCGGAUUUCUCGAGACAAAACAACAGGAACGUGCCGUCGAGAGAAAGUAAUAGGAACAAUGAUGGAAGAGAUAUCUUUGAUAAGUUUGAAGAAGACAUGUUGUCUUCUAAAAAUGGACCAUUGGUAUCACUUUCUUCAGGAAAAUCCCAAGCCACUUCAUCCCCCGGGGCUAGAGAGAAGGAGAUUGUUGAGUUAUUUAAGAAGGUUCAGGCUCAGCUACGUGAGAGAGCCUCCUCUGCUAAAGAAGAAAAGAAAACCGAUGCCUCCUCUGUUAAAGAGGAUGGUGCUGUAGAUUCCCUUCUUAACCUCCUGAAGAGACACUGGACUGAGCAAGUAAACAAAAGCGGCAAAGAAGAGAGACACUUGACUGAGCAAGUAAACAAAAGCAGCAAAGAAGAGAGACACUUGACUAAGCAAGUAAACAAAAGCAGCAAAGAAGAGAGACACUCGACUGAGCAAGUAAACAAAAGCAGCAAAGAAGACACUGGAAAAGACAAUAACUCUGACCAGUCGCAAGAAAGUAAUCACUAUGAUGGAGUACAGAGCACUGAUUCUUUUGAUUCAAAUCAUUCUCCAAAGGAUGAGUCUCGAGAUGCCAACGUUGCUUCUGUGACAAGGCCUCGGUCAGCUUUCCAAAAAAAGUCUCCUGUUUCACGCGUAAAGUAUCAGCCCGUCUCCUAUAAUGAGUAUGAGACUAAUUCAGAGCCAAUAGUUAGUGAAGAUAAUGUCAAUAAUCAACAUGAAAUAGAUUUGAAACCUGAGGAUGAACCCGAGCCCGAGCCUGAGUCUGCAAUUGACCUCGAUACAAAGGAUGAGCUGUUCUUCCCAGAACUGUCGGAGGAUGAUUCUCAUGAUAUUGAACAAACCUAUAAUGAUGAGAGCGUGGAGGAGCAGCUAGAUGUUCAAACUGAGGAUUUAAGUGCAUUGAAGUUGAGUGAAUUGAAAACACUCGCAAAGUCUCGUGGCAAAAAAGGGUACUCGAAAAUGAAGAAGGUCGAUCUCAUAGAGCUACUAACUGAGAGCUGA